AUGGAGGAUCCUAUGAAAACUAAUAUGAAACAAAGUAUGAAAGUAAUACUUCUCGCUGCUUUAUUGGCAGCUCCACUUUCAGUCAAUGCAAAUUGGUUUGGAAAUAACGGUGGCGGCAAUGACUUCUUUGGAAGUAGCGGCGAAUGGAAGAUGGGUCCUAAUGGCCCAUAUUAUGAUGAUAGUGGCUGGCCUGUAUGGACGCCCAUGUAUUGGAUGGACGAGAUGAUGGAUUCGUUUGACAAUAAUGACAAUAACUGGGGUGGUUAUGGUGGUGGGUAUAACAAUAUGCCCUAUGGAAAUAUGAUGCCUUACGGUUAUGCUGCUCCAAACUAUGGUUAUGGCGCGCCUUAUGGUUACCCACAAAUAGUACCGGUAGUUCCUGCACCCGUUGUACCAGCCCCCAUGAAACAGGCGGAGCCAGCUGCUAAACCAACAGCUAAAUAA